AUGACAACAAGUGAAAAAGCAGUUAAUUUAUCUGAGAUUGAACGAAAGUUACAAGACAUAAACAUUUUUUCAGGAAGGGUAUUUGAUCCAUUUAAUUAUGUUGAUGAUUUAUUAUCUGAACAAUGUGAUAUUUCAUUAGAACAAGGUAUUGAAACAUUCUCUAUAGAACCAUUGUUUUCAAUUUUAUCAAUUGCUGAAAAGAAAUUACAGAGCCAGUUUUCGUUAUAUGUAUCAUCGGUUAAUUCACUUCAAGAAGAAUGUAUUGAAGAAGAAGAACGACAUCUUGGAGUAAUAAAAACAGCAAAAGACAGAAUGAAAAAAGCAAUAGAAGAAUUUGAAGGAACAGAAAAUGGAUUAAAUCAACUAAGUGAAGAAGUUAUGCAAUCAGGAGAAAGAUUGUUAGACUUAAGAGAAGAAGUUACAAAAGAUAAAGAAGUAUUAGAAAUGCUUCGAAUGUUUGAUAAAAUGAGUAAAGAUGAAGAGUUUAAUGUUAAAAAAUAUGAUGUUGAAUAUCCAGAUAUAGAAUUUGUUAUUAGAAUACAAAAAUUAAAACAAUUAUGUAGAGAAUUAACAAAUGAAAAUGUCAUUUGGGGAAUUCAACAUGUUGGAGAAUAUUAUAAUCAUUUAAAUGAAGAAUUAACAAAGAAAUUUAAUAAAGGAUUUGAUGAAAAGAAUUAUUUAGAAAUGAAAGAUAAUGCUGAAUUAUUAUAUUAUUUAAAUAGAGGAAAUAAUAGUAUUAAUUAUUAUAUAGAAAAUAAUCAAUUUCUUCUUAAUGAAAAUGAAGUAAACGCUGAUGAAAAAUUAGCAAGUGAAAAAGAAGAAAUUUCAAAUAAAGAAUUACUUCUUCAUAAUCAACGAUUAGGAGCGUUUUAUAAAAAAAUGAUAAAUCAAAGUCAAAAAGAAAAAAGAGAGAUUGAUAAAAUAUUUAUUCAAAAAGAAAUAGUAAAUGAAAAAUUUAUUCAAGAAAUGUUUGAAUUUAGAAUUCAAAAUUUUUUAGAUAUUUAUCUUCAUGAAUCAAGUCAAAGUACAAUGGAAUAUUUAUUUAAAUUAUAUGAUGCAGUUGAUCAAACAAUUACAUUAUUAAGUAAAAGUAUUGUAGGAUCUAAAAUUGUUUCAAUGAAAUUUAUGAAUGAAAUGAUAGAAGAUUGUUUUAAACAAGACAUUGAUGAAUAUUAUCAAAUUAAUGAAAAAGAUUAUAUUAACGAAUUAUUUAAUACAAAUAAAUCAAAUUAUAUUAAACUUAAAAAAGAACUUAAAAUCGAUUCUCCUUCUAAAACUAAAAUUGAUGAAUUGAAUAAACUUAUUGAUAUUUCUACUAUCCAAUUCAUUUUACAACAAUUCUCUUUUGCAAUUAGUAGAUCAAAGGUAUUAUGUCCAAUUCAAGAUUUAGUAUCAUUUAUAUAUUCUUUAUUUGAAAGUUUAAUAAAUUGGAUUGAUUCAGUAUUAAAUGAUAGUGUUAAAAAAAUGAUAUAUUUAACUCAAAAAUAUUCAACUGACCCAUUAAAAUCUGUUAAUUUCUUUAAAGGAUAUUUAGAAGUUAUUAAACAAAAUUGUGAUGCAAUGAAUUUAAUUAAAAAUAUAUUAGAAAAAGAAAUAUUACCUAACUUUAAAUUUUCAUAUCAAAAAUAUAAUGAAUGUAUUAAUAAGUUUAAUGCAAAAUGUAAAGAAAUGGAACAAAAUAUUACUGAGUCAUUAGAAAAUAGUAAUGAUUGGAUUAUUAAAGUUAUAGAAAAAAAAUUAAAGUAUAAAGGAGAAUUUAUUUUUAAAGAUGAAAAUGAUAUGACAUGGACACAUUCUCCUGCUUGCACUCUUGUUUGUAAAGAAUUUUGCGAUUAUCUUAAAGAAUAUCUUAAUUCUAUUGAUCAAUAUAUUACAGGAAAAAAUCAUAAAAACUUUAUGGUUUCAUUCGGAAGAAAUUUAUAUAAUACUCUUAUUGAAACAUUUAAAAAAUUAAAAAUUACUCCAUUUAGUGGCGGAUUUAUAUUUAUGUAUGAUAUCAGAUAUAUUACUGAUCUCAUUAGAUCAUCUUCUUUCCCUUUAUCUAUUAAAUCUAUGUUUGAAAAUUUAACUAUGUUAUUCAAAAUUUAUUGUAUUGAUAAAACUAAUAUUAUUUCUAUUACUAAUACAAUUAUUGAAGAUGGUGGAUUUGAAUUUAUUGAUCCAAAUGAAAUGUUAAAAUGUCGUACCGAUUAUUCUAAAGAAAUGAUAGUUGAUUACGCUCAAGAAGUAAAAAGUUAA